UUUCCGGGGGACGGAUGUGCUGCGUCAGGUUCCGGUUGGCUUGAAUGGAUGGAGUGUUAUUCUAACAGCUUUAACUCGGUGAUGGCGAAAAGACUCGGAGGUCCACAGUGAGACAGGCUGCAGGCUGUCCGCCGGGUUGAGCUGAAGGUGUGUGUGAGUGUGUGUGUGUGUGUGUGAAGAGCGGGGCUAGCAGUUAGCCUGAAGCUAACAGCAGAGCCACACUGUGCGGUCUGCUGCUGUCUGUCCUCUGUCCUCCUCCGUCCUCGCUCCAGACAUGCUGGACUCUGUCUCCGACCUCCCGCUGGACAGACACAUCUUCUACGCCGUCCUGGGCUUCUCCUGGGCGGUGUACCUGUGGGAGGCGUACCUCUCCUACCGCCAGAGGAGGAUCUACAGGACAACCAGACAUGUCCCUCACGAGCUCAGCAAGAUCAUGGACUCGGAAACGUUCGAGAAGUCCCGUCUCUACCAGCUGGACAAGAGCAACUUCAGCUUCUGGUCUGGGCUGUACUCAGAGACUGAGGGGACGCUGAUCCUGCUGCUGGGCGGGAUCCCCUUCCUGUGGGACGUUGCCGGUUCUCUGACGGCCCGGCUGGGACUGGGUCCGGAGUACGAGAUCAGCCAGUCGCUGGUGUUCCUGACGCUCGCCACGCUGUUCAGCGCCGUGACGGGUCUGCCCUGGAGUUUGUACAGCACCUUCGUGAUCGAGGAGAAGCACGGCUUCAACCAGCAGACGCUGGGCUUCUUCCUGAAAGACGCGGUGAAGAAGUUCGUGGUGACGCAGUGCAUCCUGCUGCCCGUCACCUCGCUGCUGCUCUACAUCAUCAAGAUGGGCGGAGACUACUUCUUCAUCUACGCCUGGCUCUUCACGCUGGCCGUCUCUCUGGUUCUGGUGACCAUCUAUGCGGAUUACAUCGCUCCGCUGUUUGACAAGUUCACCCCUCUGCCCGAAGGCGAGCUGAAGACGCAGAUCGAGGCCAUGGCCAAGAGCAUCAGCUUCCCCCUCACCAAGGUCUACGUGGUGGAAGGUUCCAAGCGUUCCUCACACAGUAACGCCUACUUCUACGGCUUCUUCAAGAACAAACGCAUCGUGCUGUUUGACACUCUGCUGGAGGAUUACUCUCCACUCAACAAGUCUGGAGAUCCGCCGGCCGAGCCGGCCGACGCCGAGGAGACGUCCAGCGAGUCCAGGGUCAAGGCCAAGAACAAGAAGCAAGGCUGCAACAACCCGGAGAUCCUGGCUGUGCUGGGCCAUGAGCUGGGCCACUGGAAGCUGGGUCACACCGUCAAGAACAUCAUCAUCAGCCAGAUGAACUCCUUCCUGUGCUUCUCGCUGUUCGCCGUGCUGAUCGGACGCUCCGAGCUCUUCCUGGCGUUCGGCUUCAGCAGCCAGCCCACCCUGAUCGGCCUGAUGAUCAUCUUCCAGUUCAUCUUCUCCCCGUACAACGAGCUCCUGUCCUUCUGUCUGACCGUCCUGAGCCGCAGGUUCGAGUUCCAGGCGGACGCGUUUGCUCGUGGGUUGGGCAAAGCGUCGGAGCUGCACUCGGCCCUCAUCAAGCUCAACAAGGACAACCUGGGCUUCCCCGUGGCCGACUGGCUCUUCUCCAUGUGGCACUACUCCCACCCCCCCCUGCUGGAGCGCCUGGUCGCCCUGGGCCACGUCAAGCAGGACUGACGGCGCCGGAAGGAGGAGCGGCGAGGGGGGGGGCGUCCUCCUGAGGGCCUCCGGAGGCCGCUGCUCCACCUCUGAGGGCGGAGCGGCGAGGUGCGCCUCCUCCCUCCUCCUCCUCCUCCUCCUGAAGCCUCCUGCUCGGUCCUCCUCCCUCCUCUUCUCUCCUCUUCCUCCAUUCUCAUCUUGCCGUACUGGACUUUCCCCCGUACAGUUUUUAAUUUAACCAAACCAGAACAUAUCAGCCUGAGCAGUGGAACCCGGACGCCUGCCGGACCCGCCUGCCGGACGCCUGCCGGACGCCCCUGCCGGACGCCCCUGCCGGACGCCCCUGCCGGACGCCCCUGCCGGACGCCCCUGCCGGACGCCCCUGCCGGACGCCCCUGCCGGACGCCCCUGCCGGACGCCCCUGCCGGACGCCUGCAGACUGUGUGUGUUUAGAAGAGAUCGGUCCUCAGAAUGUUCGCGUCAACCUCUACGUUUUUACUUUUCCCAGAUUUGAUUCUUUUCUUUAUGACUGAUGUGAACAAAUGGCAAAACUAGACUUUUCAGACAUCUUGGAAGUGUUUUAAUCAAUGUUUUCUACACCAUGAAAUGACUUUUAUUGGUUUGAUUGUGGAGCCGGUGGGUUGAGUUCUGGGGACUUGCUGUGGGUUCGUGCAGACACAGGCGGGAUUUGCUGCAUGGUUGUUUGUUGCUCAGUGUCCAGCUGUGAUUAGAGGAGCUCUGGGUGUUUAGUCACAGUGACGACGUGCGAGUGCCUCCAACCCUCUUUUUGUUCUGAGUGGACACUUGGUGACCAGAGCAGUGCAGAGUUUCAUUUGAGAUUAGCGUAGAUCUUUAUUUUCCGAAGUGCGUUUGGAGAACCUUCUUUCCACUUUUCUAAAGCACUAGCUUUCCACCUCGGGUCCAGACACGCCUGUACAUAUGGAACUUUGGCGAUUCAAGACUUAUGAAGUCAGUUGUUAAAAUAUUGAAUGUGGUUUAAAAUGUUGGGUUGACUCAGUGUUUUAGUUUCUUCUCUUCAUUUGGGGCGGUUGUGGCCUGACAGGCGGAGGAAGUCUGGUUUGUUUGUUUUGCAACGAUUAAAAUCCUUUAAAGCA